CCUCCACGUGGACUCGAAUUGGAUGUCCUUUGUUAUUCCUUCACCCCAUUGUUCAUGUCGAUCCUAUCCCAUUAAAUAAUUUCCUGGCUUUUUCUAUUCACCCCACCAGGAAGCCCACCGAUCGAAAAACCAUGACCACCUUCCACCCGAUUCACUUCAUCCCCGCCACCCGCCAGGCCCACAUCCUAGCCACCCCCAUAACCUCCGCUCGCGCAGUGGGCCAUACCCAAGAAGGCGGCACCAACCACUGGUGUUUCUACCUCGAGACCUCCCCUUCGACUUCCAUCCAACUCGACUGCCAACCAAGUCACAGCAUCACUAGCACAGAAAUCCCAGGUGGCUCCAAGGCAUUUGUCAUCAUAUCCGAACUGGAUCGACUUCUCUCACACGAUGCCGAAACCGAGUUCCGUCUUGAUGUCGUCCCGGGGUUGACAGUUACAAAGAUUAUCGAGCAUCUUACAGACCACGGACGUCACAACUACGAGUUUGAUUCGAAUGGCGUCGGAUGCAGAUACUGGGUUACAGAUCAGAUCAAUCUGCUAUAUGAGCUUGGGGUCUUCACGGACAGCUCGCAAGUUGAUGCUGCGAAAGAUGGGAUACGGAAGUUAUGGCCAGAGAAGACAGCACAUCCCCUCGAUCAGGGGUCAUAUUACGGCUAGGCUAGCGAUGAGGCUGGUAUGCUGUAGUGCAAAGCGGGUGAGAGAAAGGGACAGAAAUGCACUCGUUAAGCUACGCAAAAGCCGCCGUCUGAAGUCCAUAUUCGAUAGAGCGCAAUUGGCCGAGUUCCACGGGGUAGGACGGGAUAGGAGAUAACACCAUGGCAUUGAAAUCGGGGAAGCUCUGUUGAGAAUCCAGAGCUGCACUCUCAAAUGCAGGCGGAUAUGCCCCCGCAUCCGCCCAGUCAAUCAGCCAAACAUGUCCAUUGGGAUCAAGAAUGAGAUUCCGGGAACUGAUACCCUAAUGAGUAAUAACGAAGUCCGUGAAUCGAAAGGCAGGAAUCUCCGGCGAUGCCUGAUUGAACUUUUUACAGAUAGCCAGUUUAUGAUUAAACCAGAUUUCCAUCUCAGAUUUGUUCUGGGAA